CAACAAUGGCAUCCUCUCUCUCACUCUCUCUCUCCAUUCUUCAAUAUAAGACCAGCGCAUCACUUCCCAUUCUCACUACCGCAAGCUCUUUCUUGCACUACAAACUCUUCUAUUCUCAUCUUGUCUUCUCUUCUUUCCUGAUACAACCGUAAGUUCCUCUACUUGCUUGAAGAAGAAUAUUAAGUUCUUCUAAACUUUGUAUUCAGUCAUGAUUAAUUCAAAGAGGCUCUUGGAGAUGGCACGCAAAUGGCAAAAGCAAGCCAUCGGUCAGAGGAGAAGAAUAUCCCUCAAAAGAAAUAUCAGUGACCGAAUGGAUUCAGUUGCUGCUGAGGGUCAUUUUGUGAUUUAUACAGUAGAUGGAAGCCGAUUCAUGAUUCCCUUAGCGUUUCUUAAUCGCCCCAUCUUUCGAGAGUUGCUCUUGAUGGCUGAAGAAGAGUUUGGACUCACAGGGCGCCAUCCUCUGACUUUGCCUUGCGAGUCGUUUGUGAUGGAGUACAUAGUCCACCUUUUGAACAAGAAUGCAUCAAUGGAGGUGGAAAAGGCAUUGGUUUCCAUGGCAUGUUGCAGAGGCUCUCAUCCUUCUCUAGUCCUUGAACCAUUCUCGGAGCCAAUGAUUCUCCGUAGCUUUUGAGACAUAAUUGUUAAUUGAAAUACAACCCCCAAGAUUCAAUUUGAAGGGGCAAAACCAUCUCUUGUCUUUGUACAUAAAACUCACAAUUUUGUUCCUAAGCAAUUUCUUUAUGCACCAGAUUAAAUUUUGGUUCUAGAUGAAUGGUUGUAGUAAAGCUUUUCAUAUCGAGAUAAAAGCUUUG